AUGGCCAAUAUUAUCAAUAAAGCCCGAACCAAACAACGCUCACUAGUCAUCGCCCUACUUGACCUCAAGAAUGCUUUUGGUGAAAUUCAUCAUAAUCUGAUCACAUCCGUACUUGAUUACCACCAUAUCCCUGAACAUGUUAAAUUGAUAAUUAAAAGUCUAUAUACCGAUUUUAAAACUUCAAUAAUUACAUCUGAAUUCCGUACCCCCUUCAUACCAUACCGUGGAGUAUUGCAAGGCGAAUGCCUCAGUCCUCUUCUCUUCAACAUGUGUUUCAACACCUUUAUAGAACACAUAAAAACAGAUAAAUAUCGUCAAUUUGGUUUCUCCUUACAGUUUCUAAAUCCCAUCCACUGGUUUCAGUUUGCUGAUGAUGCCGCCGUCAUAAGUAGUCAAGAAUCCGAAAAUCAACAUCUUCUAAACCGGUUCUCCAUUUGGUGCCAAUGGUCCAACAUGAUUAUUCGGGUUGAUAAAUGCAGUACAAAGGGCAUAAAAAAGGCUCUAACAAAAUCAAUCCAAUACCUGCUUAAACUACUUAUUAACAAGCAACUAAUUCCAAAGACCAAUAUCGAUGAGGCUUUUCAAUACUUAGGAAGAUACUUUAGUUUUAAUAUGACAGACAAACACCACAAGUCUGAACUAAUCUCACCCGUUGAAGAACUAAUGGCAGAUAUUGAUUCCAAACCAUUACAUCCAAAAAAUAAAAUCCUCCUCUACAGUCGAUAUCUUCUGUCAAAAUUAUCCUGGCAUUUUACAGUUUCUAGCGUAUCGAAAACGUGGGUCACCGAAAACAUUGAUUCCAAAAUCAACAGUUAUAUCC